AUGGACCGCGACGGCGGCGGCCGCGGGAUGCGGUACGUCCCGUCGUGGACCGCGCUCGAGGAGGCGGCGAGGGAGGAGCUCAAGCGAAGCGGCCUGACGUCGAGCGACGACGCGCCGCGGUACCGACGCGGGAGCAAGCGACCACCGAGACCGCCGAAGACGCCUCCGGGGCUGCUGCGGCCGCCGCACGACGCCGUCCAACGCGCGCGGUUCGCGGGGAGAGGCCGAGGAUGGGCCGCGAUACGCGAGAUCCCCGCCGCGACGGUGUUGUUCCAAGAGCGGCCGCUCGUGAUCGCCGGCGCGUUCGACGCGGACGAGGACGCGCUCCGCGAGAUGACGCGCGUCCUCGUGACCGACCCGUCGCACGCGUCCACGUGGCUGCGACGCGUCGACGGCGUCUCUCUCUCGACGUCGACGGACUCGCCGACGCGUCGCGCGCAUUCGAGCGCGUCGGAGUCGUCCCCGAUCGACGGCGUCGACGACGCGUCGUGGAACGACGCGAGGGCGUUCGUCAGGCGCCGCGCGGCGGUCCGUCGAUCGCGCGUGGACGCGAACGACGAAGCCGCCGAAACCGCGGCGGCGCCGGCGGGGCGGAGCGCGAGCGACGCGAGCACGGACGACGACGCCGGCGGCGACGAGGGGGAUGGAUCCUCCUCGUCGUCGUCCGAGGAUCGCCGCGCGGGCGGUAAAGGUAAGGGAGGACGCGCGCGUUUCGUCGUGACGCUGUUCGCCAACGCGUCGGCGAUCAAUCACGCGUGCGCGCCGAACGCCGCCGUCGCCGUCGCGGGCGAGGACGUCGCGACCGCGUACGCCCUCCGCGCGAUCGAGCCCGGGGAGGAGAUCACGGUGUCGUACGCGUCGUCGUCGCUGUAUCUUCCGCUGACGAUGCGGCGGAUGGCGCUGUCAAGGAGGUGGGGGUUCGUGUGCGAGUGCGAACGGUGCGCGAGGGACGCGAAGCGCGCGGCGCUCGAGAGCGAACGACGCGCGGGGACCGAGCCGCGGCGGGCGGCGCGGCACGGGGUCAGAUCUCGCGGGUUCUCGCUCCCCGGGGACGAGCGAGAGGGGUUCCACGAGUGGGAGCGCGGCGAGACCGGGUUCGAGGCGCAGUUCGACGACGAAGGGCGUCUGAGAGCGACGCUCGGGGGCGUGUCGACGGAUGGGCGUCCGUCGAGGGGCAGGAGUACUAAGGGGGGCGCGCGACGCGGCGGCGGCGGGGCGGACGGCAGAGGCGACACGGACGACUCGGACACGUCGUUCGAGUCGUCGUCGUCGUACGACUCGAGAUCGUCGUCCGAGGCGUCGUCUUCCGAGGAGGACGACGACGUCGGCGUCGGCGGCGCGCGGCGAGGGUCGGGGGUCGGACGCGGCGGCGCGGCGGCGCCCGCGAAGCGCGCGCGCGUGAAGCUCCUCGGGCCCGGGCGUCUGUACAACAAGCUCGUCCGCGCCGGGAUCGGACCGGACCACUGGCAGAUGCACGCGACGCGGGAGAUCCUCGUGAGCAAGCUGCUGACGAAGGAGGGGAGGAAAGACUUCGACCUGGAUCUGCUCCUGGAGCACGCGCACUGCGCGUCGAGGCUCGCGAGGAAUCACCCGCACGCGAUUCGGCUCGUCGCGCUCGUGGAGGAGGUGUUCAGGUCUAACCGCGCGGUCGUGCGCGCGGAGCCGUCGUGGGUGUUCACGAUCACGCUGCUCAGGGAGAGCGUGCAUCCGGACGUGUUGUUUUGGAACACGGAGUUCAAGGGGUUUCCGAAUAGGGACGACGACGAGGCGGUUUAGGCGAUUUUAUUCAAAAUUCAAACACGAUCU